AGUUUCCAUUAUACUUGCCCUCGCUGUGCCGAAAUCCUUUCUUUCCAGCAUGUUUUAUGCACAGUUCGUUUUAUCAAAAAAAGGCCCUCUUGCAAAAAUCUGGUUGGCAGCACAUUGGGAGAAGAAGUUGUCAAAGGCUCAAAUAUACGAAACAAAUGUGCAAGACGCAGUCGAUGAGAUCCUGAAACCCAAGGUGAAAAUGGCUCUGCGUACAACCGGUCACCUUCUCCUUGGUGUAGUACGGAUUUAUUCGCGAAAGACGAAGUACCUGUUAGCAGACUGUAAUGAAGCGUUCUUAAAAAUCAAAAUGGCCUUCCGACCCGGACAAAUUGAAACAAUCGAUGAUGGAAAGGAAGCACCAAUGGCCGCGAUCUCACUUCCAGAGGUGUACACAGACUUCGACUCCUCACUACCUGAUUUUAACGACAUCGAUUUCACUAAUCAUCUGCAGAUCAAUCAGAGUCGUAUCGACGAUAUCACGUUGAAAGAAGACCAUAUAUCUGAUCAGCAUAUGUUCGGUGCUGAAUUCGGGAGUGAUGAAUUUGGUGAUGCUGGGUUCGGUCCGAUCACGUUCGGAGCAGAAGACGAUUUCAGCGACUUUCCUCCGCUUGCACCCAUGGAUGAGGCUAGUGGACUUGAGAUGCAGCGAGAUGCCAGUAGCUUUGCUGCCGGUUUGGGCCGAGACAUUCGCGAGGCCACGCCAAGCUUGGAGGGUGCAAAAGCACCUGGUGUGAAUAUCUUCAUGGGUGACGAUUUCGGUGGCAUGGAUGAGGGUGGAGGUGAUGAUGAUAUGGAUGCUUUUCAUGAUGCUGGACAUGGCGAAGGAGUUAGCAUGGACGUUCAGGACGAGCUACAGCUAGGCGCAGCCGCAAACAAUCUCGGUGGGGUUGCGGAACAAGAAAGUUUUGCAUUAGAACCUCUGGAAGCCAGUGCUCUUGAUCGCCAGCAGGAGCGCAGACGUAGGAAGCGGCGCUUGAUUAUUGAUGAGCAAAAAAACAUCGGGGGUGACGAAAUGAAGGCGAAUAUGGCAGACUACUCGGACACGCUGCAGUCACUAGAUCUUGCUCCACCAACUCGUCGUCUUAUGCGAAUGAAAGAGUCUGGCAUUGUCGAGAAGCUUUUCCAUCUCCCAGGAUGCAUUUUCAUGAAAGCCAAGCCUUUAGUUCGAUUGUAUCAGUCCCAUCUUGUGAUGCGAGCUCGCGUAGAAGAAGUCUUGAAGGCUGAUGAGAUCAGAAGGGAGAUGGAUAUGUCAGAAACCAUCGAGGAUGAAAUCCCCUAUGCAGCCGAGUCCGUCUAUGGUGAUGACUAUGAAGACAUCGGUCCAGCUCCAUUCGAACCGAUUGGCGCCGAAUCGCCUACACCAGUGGUCACGGAACUGCAAGCACCAGUCGAAGAAACACAGAUCAGAUACAUGGAUGAAUUCUCCCCCCUCAGCGAGAAGAAGAAGCGCAAGUUGGAGGGUAGCCGAGUAGUUGAGGAAGAAGAGCCCGUUGAAGGAGAUGAAGAUCAUCGCUGGUCCAAACGCACGCAGAAUGUACUGAACACAAUCACAGCAAAACUGCGUUCAGCGGAUGAUACCCAGAUUGCUCUCAACGACCUUCUGACGAAGGGUGCAACUCGAAAGACGGCAGCGCAGAAGUUUUAUACACUUCUGGUGUUGAAAAAGUCUCAAGCCAUAAACGUGACCCAAAGCGAACCAUACGGAGACAUCUACAUCUCAGCUGGGCCUAACAUCUCUCAGACUAUGGUCAAAUAAUGCGGUUAUGUACAUAUCUUGAAUGCUAAUUUUAACCUACUAAUGAAAUCCAUUUCCAGUUAGUUGCACAGCAGCGUUUUAUCUCUUCUUAUGAACUAACUGAUAUAAGUAUUGUAACUUGAAGUAUUGUCUACAUAACAUAUGUUCAUUUCAAUUAUCUAAUCUUGAUCUCGUUAAGGAGCUCUCCAAUCGUAAUGUUGAUUUCAUUGCCUUGCGUCAUUUACUCAUUUUUUUGAAAUAAACUUUCAC